UUCUCUCUUCACAACCUCUCUUUCUCUUCUUUUUCUUCUAUUUUUACUUCCUUCAACUCCCAUUUUACUCCUUCAUUUUCUUCUAUCUUCUCCAUUUUUUUCUUUCUUUUCUUUCUCCCCACAAACGUUACAGUAACUCAGACCGGAAAGAUGGCAUUUGGGAAGGGACGUGGAAACAAACGCUCUUCGACGACGUCGUAUGCGUCAACCAUUACAAUGGUCGUCUUUGUAGCUCUAUGUGUCGUCGGUGUGUGGAUGCUUUCUUCCAAUUCCGUUAUUCCACCACAGAUCACACAAGGCUCCACUCGAACGGUCAUUGCAGAGACAGAGAGGAGCGAUGUGUCUGCCUCUUCAAACGGUAAUGAUGAGCCCGAACCAACAAAACAGGAGCCUGAUGAGCAACCAGCAUUUGAGGACAAUCCAGGAAAGCUUCCAGAAGAUGCCAUAAAGUCUGAAGACGAGCAAAGGAAGUCAGCGAAAGAGAAGAGUGACCGGACGAGCUCAAAGGUAGGAGACGAGGGAGGAGGGAGACAGAGUCAAAUGGAGACUCAGAAACAAGAGAUCCAACAGAACAAUGAAAAGGUUCCCGAGGAGAACAAGAAUGGCGAGGGUCAGGUGAAACAAGUGGUCAAGGAGUUUGAGAAAGAACAGAAGGAACAACGGGACGAGGACGCUGGGACUCAGUCAGGAAACUCCAAAGGAACACAAGAACAAGAGCAAGUACAAGAAAAGGAAUCUCAGGAUGUGGAACAGGGAAAGAAACAAAUGGAAGAAGUAACGAAACAAGGGCAAGAUAUAGAUUCGAACACGGACGUGACAUUCACAGAUGCGACCAAAGAAGAACAACCUAUGGAGGUGGGGCAGAGCGAUACAUCAGAGAACUCAAAGAACGUAGAAAACGGACAAGAACAACAACAACAACAACAAGAGGAACAAAACUCAGGGAAUGAUGAAAACGGACAACAAAACGAGGAGAAUGUCACGGUUAGUGAAGAAAACGGGAAGGAGCAGAAGAGCAUGAAAGAUGAGAACGGACAGCAAGACGAACAUAACACAGCAGAGGACGAAAGCGGGAACAAAGAAGAACCUAACACAACAAAGGACGAGCAGCAACAAGAAGAGCAGAAAGAUGAGAAAAAACAAGAGGGCUCAGAAGCGAGCGGGUUUGGCUCUGGAAUACCGAAAGAAUCUGCAGAAUCACAGAAGUCAUGGAAGAGCCAGGCAACAGAAUCUAAAGACGAGAAACAAAGACAAACAUCUGAAUCUAAUAACGCAGAGAGUAUGAUGGGUGGAAAAACAUGGACGUUGUGCAAUGCAACUGCAGGAUCUGAUUAUAUACCUUGCCUAGACAACGAAGAAGCUAUAAAGAAACUAACAAGUAGAAAACAUUUUGAGCAUAGAGAGAGGCAUUGCCCUGAAGACCCACCAACAUGUCUUGUCUCCCUCCCAGAAGGGUAUAAGGAGUCCAUCAAGUGGCCAGAAAGCAGAGACAAGAUAUGGUACCACAACGUCCCACACACAAAGCUAGCAGAGGUGAAAGGACAUCAAAAUUGGGUAAAGGUCACCGGAGAGUUCUUAACGUUUCCCGGCGGUGGAACACAGUUCAUCCAUGGAGCUCUCCAUUAUAUAGAUUUCCUCCAGCAGUCUUUGAAAAACAUUGCGUGGGGUAAACGUACUCGGGUCAUAUUAGAUGUUGGAUGUGGAGUUGCUAGUUUUGGUGGUUUCCUCUUUGAAAGAGAUGUUAUAGCCAUGUCUCUUGCACCAAAAGAUGAACACGAGGCUCAGGUCCAGUUUGCUCUCGAAAGGAAAAUCCCAGCCAUCUCUGCAGUGAUGGGGUCUAAGAGACUUCCAUUUCCGAGCAGAGUGUUUGACCUUAUCCACUGUGCACGUUGUAGAGUCCCUUGGCACAAUGAAGGAGGUAUGCUUCUUCUUGAGCUGAACCGGAUGCUUCGACCAGGAGGUUACUUUGUCUGGUCAGCAACACCAGUCUACCAAAAGCUAGAAGAAGAUGUUCAAAUCUGGAAAGAAAUGUCGGCGUUGACAAAGUCAAUGUGCUGGGAGCUUGUGACAAUCAACAAGGAUAAACUCAACGGUGUUGGUGCUGCCAUCUACCAGAAACCUGCCACGAAUGAAUGCUACGAGAAACGUAAGCGAAACAGGCCUCCCAUGUGCAAAAACAACGACGAUUCAAAUGCAGCCUGGUAUGUACCGUUACAGGCAUGCAUGCAUAAAGUGCCAACGAAUGUGGUCGAGAGAGGGAGCAAGUGGCCAGUGAGCUGGCCUCGCAGGCUUCAGACACCUCCUUACUGGCUAAACAGCUCUCAAAUGGGGAUCUAUGGGAAACCAGCUCCAAAAGAUUUCACUACAGAUUAUGAACAUUGGAAGCACGUUGUUAGCAAAGUAUACAUGAACGAAAUUGGAAUCAGCUGGUCUAAUGUGAGGAACGUUAUGGACAUGAGAGCUGUCUACGGAGGAUUUGCAGCAGCUUUAAAGGACUUACAGGUGUGGGUCAUGAAUGUAGUGAACAUAAACUCACCAGAUACACUACCAAUAAUCUACGAGAGAGGACUGUUCGGUAUUUACCAUGACUGGUGUGAAUCUUUCAGUACAUACCCUCGGAGCUAUGAUCUCUUGCAUGCUGAUCAUCUCUUCUCCAAGUUAAAAGCAAGGUGCAAUCUUGCUCCGGUAAUGGCAGAAGUGGAUAGAAUAGUGAGACCGGGAGGUAAACUCAUUGUUCGUGACGAGUCCAAUGUGAUAAGAGAAGUAGAGAACAUGUUGAAGUCACUGCACUGGGAUGUUCAUCUAACCUUCUCCAAGCACCAAGAAGGAAUCUUAAGUGCCCAAAAAGGAUUCUGGAGACCAGAUACAUCUCAAACUUCUUCCUGAAAGACGCUACUAACCCUGGAAUCUGCAAAGUGAAGCAGCAUUAUAUAAUACAUUUAUCAUUUAUAUCUAUAAAGCCCCCAAAAGUUCUUGUUCUUUGUUGCAAGAAUUUGGAUAAAGAGUGUCAGUAAAAUGAAUAGUGUUUAGUCUUGUUUAAACUAUAGACUAAUUAGAACAUUUUUGUUUCCUAUACUUCAUAUAUUUUAACAUCGUUAUGAUAUUGUAAGACUA